CCUGAUGUCUUUACAUGAAAUGUUCCCAGCGGUGCAUGCAGCAGAAAUGGCUGUGCAGAGAAACCCACGUUCCUGGGAUGCCUGGCAGACUUUGGGACGUGCUCAGCUUGGAUUAGGAGAGAUAGCACUGGCAAUCCGAAGUUUCCAGGUAUCCUUACACACCUUUCCAAUGAACCCUGAAGUAUGGAAAGAGGACCUUUCCUGGGCAAGGAAACUACAUGAACAGCAGAAGGCAACAAAGACUGAGUUGGGGCAAGCACUAGCAAAAGAAAAAGAGCUUGCACAAGAAUCAAUCCCAGACUAUGACUUUGAAAGUGAUGAAAUUGUAGCAGUCUGUGCUGCUAUCGCAGAGAAGGAGAAAGCUCUUUCAGCAGCUAAAACAGUAGUGAUUGUGUCUGCUUCAGGCACAGUAGAGACUGUAACAGAGAAGGAGAAUUGCCCUACAAUUCCUGAUGAAACCCUUUUCAUCAGAGCCCGAUAGGGCAGCCUCAUGGGUUGCCAUUCUGGUUUAAGAACGAGUGUAAUUUAUUGUAUUUGGCUUGCUUUGGUUUUGUGGGUUUUGUUAAGCAGUAGGAGAACCUACAAAAGUUAAAGAAUUGAAGUUAUUUUUC